UGACUCCGCCCUCACGGCAUAAAGCCUCAUCUGUAUGUGAACAGCGGCUAGUUAGCUAACAGCAUCGACCGAAACCUAAAAGAGGGGCGAUUAUAUGAGGCCGGGGUUUUCCACCUGGCGUUCGCAAUUAGUCAAUUCCCGAGGGGACACGGAUAAUCCAGAAUAAAACCAAAAAGAAGGAGUUUCCUGAGGAACAUCGACAGUUUUCCUGAAUUCUUAAGCGCAUACGUAGUUUUAACCCGCUAUCUCAUAUCAGCUAGCUUGAGCAGACAGGCCGUGGAGCUGAGCCAGCGUGAAUUAUCUAACCGAAGCGGUCAUCCUGGAACAUCACAGCCCGCCUUUGUGCUCACUUACCGCAUUAAUACGACGAAAAGCCCAGACACGGAGGGAGGAUGGCCCUUAAAAGGAUCCACAAGGAACUGAAUGACCUGGCUCGUGACCCCCCAGCUCAGUGCUCUGCUGGCCCGGUGGGAGAUGACAUGUUUCAUUGGCAGGCUACCAUCAUGGGACCUAGUGACAGUCCAUAUCAGGGAGGAGUUUUCUUCCUGACAAUCCAUUUUCCAACAGACUACCCCUUCAAACCCCCCAAGGUGGCAUUCACAACAAGAAUUUACCACCCAAAUAUUAACAGUAACGGCAGUAUCUGUCUGGAUAUUCUCAGAUCACAGUGGUCUCCUGCACUUACUAUUUCUAAAGUUCUUCUGUCCAUUUGCUCACUCCUAUGUGACCCAAACCCCGAUGACCCACUAGUGCCAGAGAUUGCACGAAUCUACAAAACAGAUGGUCAGAAAUACACCAAAAUGGCAAAAGAAUGGACACAAAAGUACGCGAUGUGACAGCGUUCAUUGGAAGCUGCUGAAACUGUUCGUUUAAAAUUAAAGUUUGGGUUUCUGUUUCUUUUUCACUUUUUGUUAAUCACCACCUGACCCCCCCACCCCCAUCAUUUUCUCUUUUUUCCUGUUCAUGAAAGAAAUUUUUUUCUUCUAGCCCCCCAACAUUCAGUAUGACAAACUAUCAUCUCUUGAGAGGAAAUGAAUCAGAAAUCAGAUGUUUUAUCUGAGCAUGCUCAGAACCUUAUUGAUUCCUCACCUGUCACUCCAUCUAGCUGGACUGACGGUGACUGCACCCACCCCACUGAAGACGGCCUUUGUUUUGGCAUCCCUCUCUAACAUCAGCAUUUUCUCUAGACUGAAAUUUGAAAAUUUUUGGAGCCUGUCCCCUACUGGUCGAAUGAGGAAGUGUAACAGAAUCUAUCAGAGUCCCUGAGGUGAACUAGAAGCUGCUUCCUGUGUGUUGACGAGUGGACUGAGGUGAAGUGCAGUUUACAUCAAUCAUGAUUUCCCAAUGAAGCUUUCAAGGUUUUUUUGUUUGUUUUGUUUUUUUAUUUUAUUUUAAACACUGUCUUCAUGUAGCCCAAAAUAAUUCAGCCAAGGUGAAUGCUGAUACUCAAUCCUGCUCUGUUACUUUUUGAUUAUCCUUCAAUAAAGAUACUUCAACUAUGA